UCAACGACGACGCGUUCCGGGCGCUUGCUGCUGCGCAUGCGCCGUGGACACCAUCUUCCUCCCCCCCCCCCACCCCGCCCCCUGUACGGCGAAAUUUCCAGCAGAGCCGCGGACGUCGCCAUUUUGUCGGACCGGGAAGAGCCGGCUCAGGAGCGUGCUCGCGAGGAGGAGCGCAGACGAGCGGGGCCCCGGCCAUGGCGACCUCCUGGCAGGACGAGGACGAGGACUUGAAGGCGGGGGGGGCCAAGGGCCUCGGCAACCGGCCCAGGUUCUCCUUCUCCGAGAUCAAGAUGCUGCUGCAGCAAGUCCGCAGGAACAGAUACAUCCUCCUCAGGAAGUUUAAUCACGGCGUGUCGGCGGAGGCCAAGAAACAAAAGUGGGCCGAGAUCACCGAUCAGAUCAACGGUCUGGGACAGAACCACAGAGAGGUGCGGCAAAUCAUGAAGAAAUGGGCGGACCUGAAAUGCGACGGCAAGCGUCGGCUGGCCCUCCUGCGCGCUCCCAACGGCUCGGCGGGGAGGAGGAAGAGGAAGUCCCUGGACUCGGUGGAGAAGAUGGUCCACGGCAUCCUGCUGAUGAGUCCCACGGGAGACGUUCUCAGCGACGAGGAUGACCAAGACCAAGGCUCCGAGUCCGCGGCGGCGGGCGGCAAGAAGGCCGACGGCUGCUACUCGUCCCUGGACGCCGCCAACAGCUCGCUCUCGCUUCCCGGGGGGCUUUGCCUGGACUUCUCGCCCCUCUCGUCGCCCGACAAGGAGCUGAGCGGAGACCCCUUCCACUCGUCGGACGACGACGCGGAACCUUCCAUGGACUGCGACGACAACUCCAGCUUCUCCGUCCAGUCGUCCUUCGCCCCGCCCAAGCUGGUCCACACGUACUCUCGACACAACCGCGGCGCCGUCAGCACCACCUCCAAGGAGGGCGACGCCGAUUCGUCCGCCGCUUCGCCGCCGCCCUCCGACGGCGCCCUCGCCGCCGUCACCUCAUCCUCGCCCUCGCUCCCGCCCGCCGCCAAUGACUCGUCUGGGCCGGCGGCGCCCUCCUCUCCCUCGUCCGAUCGCCGGCCCGAGCGCGCGGCGGAAUCGGGGGGCGGGGGCGGCGGGGUGCGGGCCGACCCGCUGCCGGCCGGCCGGACGGCGCCGUCGGGCUUGGCGCAGCUGGCGUGCCACAGCGUGCAGCAGCAGCGCGCCAGUCGUCAGCUGUUGGCCUCGGUGUCGCGCUCGCUGGAGACGCUGGCGCAGUCGCUGCAGCUGCUGGUGGAGAGCCAGCAGGAGUUUGUCAACGAGUCGCUGACGCUGCAGCGGGAGACGCUGGGCGUGCUCAAGACCUUCUCGGGCGCCGCGCUGGCCGUGCUGAGAGACGCCAAGGCGCAAGGCCCCGCCCUCAGGCCCGACAAGAUGGACGCCGGCGCCUCGGGUCGCGCCACAUGAGCCCGUGGCUGUCUCCCCC